UCUCUCUCUCUCUCUCUCUCUCUCUCUCUUGCAAGGUUGUUCUCUUUCUUUUUCUCUCUCUCACACUUUCUCAUCAGUGUAGUCUCAGUGCACUGAUUUGUUGGUGUUUAGCAGAUAAUGCUUUGAGUGUUAUCAGCUAAAGAGAGAGAGAGAGAGAGGAAUCCGAAUCUGAAGUGUUUCAUCUUCUGUUCUGUGUCUCUGCUUCUCUAGGGGUUAUGAUUCUGUGAGAUCUUUCCUAGAUUCAUGCAUCUGUGGUUGAUUCUCUGAUUCCUAAGAAAGGGUUCAAAACUCAGUUUGUGUCUGAAGAGAAACACACCAUUACCAUCUCUCUCUCUGUUCAUGCAAAGUAGAUCUAAAGAUUUAAGCACAUACACUCCAUGGAUUUCUUGAAAGUGAGGAGAUUUCGAAAGUCACGGAAGCCAAACCUAGAGAAGGAGCAAGAACAAGCAAGGAGUGACAACACUGCAACUGGUGUGACAGAUUCAGGAAAAGCAGACGAGGUAGAAGACGAGGAAGACGAUGAUUUCAUCACCAACGAGGUCAAGAGAAGGAUCAAGGAGCUAAGGAGAAACAGUUUCAUGGUCUUGAUACCCGAAGAAGACGAGGAAGAGGAACAAGAAUCUUAUCUAGGCGAAGAUGAAGGAGAAGAAGAAAACUGUUCAAGCGUCUGGAGAGAUGUGGUCGCUGAGGGACUUCAAUGGUGGGGUGGCUUUGACGCUGUCUACGAAAAGUAUUGCGAGCGUAUGCUCUUCUUCGAUCGCUUAACCUCUCGCCAGCUCAAAGAAAUCGCUCCAAGUCCUUCAACUCCGUCAGCAUCCAAGAAGAAGCUCUCAUCGCCUUUUCGAUGUCUUUCUCUCAAGAAAACGGAUGUUCCUGAUGAGGAGGAGGAGGAGGAGGAAGAAGGUAUAGAGCAGACAACGGAGACGGAUCCUUGUCAAGAUCUCGAGACGGCUUACGUUGCUCAGCUCUGCCUCACUUGGGAGGCGCUUCACUGUCAGUACACUCAGCUUAGCCACUUGAUCUCUUGCCAACCGGAAGCAGUGACUUGCUACAACCACACCGCGCAGCAGUUUCAGCAGUUCUUGGUCUUGCUGCAGAGGUAUAUAGAGAACGAGCCGUUUGAGCAGCAUGGGUCGAGAGCUGAGCUUUAUGCUCGUGGUAGGAACGCAAUGCCUAGGCUUCUUCAAGCUCCCAAGAUUCAAGGGUUGGAUAAGAAGGAGAUGGAGAAAGAUUCAGACUACAUGGUCCUAGCUGAUGAUCUCAUCAGAAUCAUUGAGAGCUCGAUCCUUACUUUCAACGUUUUCUUGAAAAUGGAUAAGAAGAAAAAGAACAAUGGCCAUUUAAAUUCUACAACCCCUUUGCAACUGGUUCAGUCAUCUAUUGAAAAGAAGAGGGUGAAAGCUAAGGAACUUUCGAAGAAAACAAAAGGGCUGAGAAAGAAGUCUUGGCCUCAGACAUGGGAAGGUGUUCAGCUUUUGUUUGCAGCCAUUGACAUCAAACUAGCAACAAGGGUUGUGAGGAUGGGGAGGAUCAGUAAAGAGCAGCUUCUGUGGUGUGAAGAGAAGAUGAAAAAACUCAGCUUUUCUGGUGGGAAGCUUCAGAGACACCCAUCUCCAGUUCUUUUCCCUUCUUGUUGAUAAUAAUAAUAAUAAUAAAUGAUGAAUAACACAAAUGAUUCCAUAUUCAGUCUUGUCAACUGCUCUCUACUUUUUGUAGACAUAUCAAUGAAGUGAUUUGUGAUUGUGUGUUC